UUGGGAUUAGGCAUUUCCUACACAGGAUUACAACGUGCAGAAGCACAAUUCCCUGCGCUGUGCGCUCUGUAUGGAUUUAUUCUCUACACGGCCUUUCUACGUCUACCUGAGCUGAUCGACACUAAACACCAUCAAUCCCACUGACCCUGGUGAUAAACUAUAUGGAAACAUGGCCAACGUCCCUCAACUCGUCAAAAUUGGCAUUUCCUUGAAGAUGCUUCCCAACAACUCGGCGGUGCACUUCAAGUCCGACGGCGCCAGGUUUGGACAGACCCGGACCAUCAAGCUGCUGACCGGGUCCAAAUACAAAAUCGAGGUGGUUAUUAAACCAGGAGCGGUCGAAGCCACCUCGAUGAGUGUUGGUGCCGUGACCUUUCCCCUGGAGCAACAGUCUAAAGACCCGCAGUCAGUGGUCUACACUGGCCAAUACGACACAGAAGGGGUGGAGCACACCAAGAGUGGAGAGAGGCAACCAGUUCAAAUCAACAUACAGUUCACAGAGGCCGGGUUGUUUGAAACGGUGUGGCAGGUGAAGUACUACAACUACAACAAAAGGGACCACUGCCAGUGGGGAAACAGCUUCAACAGCAUCGAGUAUGAGUGCAAACCCAACGACACGCGCACACUCAUGUGGGUCAACAAGGAGAUGUUUGUCUGAUGGAGGAACAUCUGGAAAUAUUCAGUGUGUACUGAUGUUUCUAUUAGUCUAUUGCUUCCUGCUGCUAAAAGGAAGCAUGUGAAUCUAGAACAGAUACACACUCUACCUUA